AUACAUAUAAUAUUAAAUUAGAUAGAAUUUAAAAGUCAGAUGUAUUCUGUAAUAUCCCAAAAUGUAUAAUUCCAAGGUACAAUUUGAGGUUGUUACACCCUGUUUUCUAAAAUUGAGCAGAUUUUUCUAAAACUGUGAGGAAAUGUUGGCUAUGCAGCGUGAAUCUGGAGAAGUUUCCAUACACUUGUUUUAUGUUUUCUGUGAUGAAGAGUAAAAAGACAGUUAAUAGCUGCUAGUGUUGAAAGCUUAAACGGUUUUUACUACAGUCAUGUGUCAGUGUGACAACUACAACCCUGCUUACUUUGGUGGUGGAACCAAACUGACAGUCUUAGAAUCCAACCGUACCAUCAUCCCACCGACGGUGACAGUUCUUCCUCCUUCAAAAAAAGAAAAAAACAAGAAGACCUUGGUGUGCGUGGCCUCUCGUUUCUACCCAGACCAUGUAAGCGUGUCCUGGCAGAUUGACGGGGACGACAUCACAGAUGGCGUGGCGACCGACAGCGCUGCCCGAUUGGAAGGGGAACAUUACAGCAUCACCAGCAGACUGAGGGUCCCGCUCAAAAUGUGGUUGACACCGGGCAAGAACUUCAACUGCACCGUCAGCUUCUUCAAUGGGAACGAGACAGUGUACCGUUCUGACUGGGUCGCAGGUGUUAAAGGUUGUUUGGCAGAAAAAUAUCUGAAGAUCACGAACGCUGCCAAACUGACCUACGCCAUUUUGAUCGCCAAGAGCAGCUUCUAUGGAGCCUUUGUGGUGCUUCUGGUGUGGAGGCUUCAGGCGUCUUCCGGAAAACAGAACAACUGAGAGCUGAGCUGCACACACCAGCUGAUUCUCCUGCUUUCUAUAAACACGCUGCUUUUGAUGCUCAGUUCUGCUAAUCAUAUAAUGCACAAAUUAGGGCAACUUCCUGUAGUGUUAAUAGCACUAUUAUUGACUUAAAACCAUGUGAAUAAUUCAAUAUCCAGUGUGGAUUGAUACUGUUUGUGCUUGUGAACUACUUCAUGCUGAGUUUUAUUCUCAAUAAAAGUUUUGCAGACAA